AUGCCGUCUUCCACUGCCAAUCAAUCCUCCAACUACCCGACCUACAGCAGCAACUCUGGUGGCUCGACUUACACGGGCGGCCAGGCCACUUCCACCAGCACUCAGCUUAACAGUUGGGCCAACACUACAGACCCCACAGAGCGAUUCUACGCCACAGGCCAAAAAACUGGUCACGGUGCAUGGGAUGGCAUGAACAAGGUUAUGGCAUUUGAGAGAGAUUACAAUCGAACGAAAUGA